UUUGUUCGGUUACUGAGUUGCUGCCUUGGCCAGAGUCCGGAGCAGCCGCCGCCCGAGCGCGCCGAGCUCAGUACGCUGCCCGCGCCGGCUCCCAGCCCGGCCCGACCCCUACCCAGCCCGGCCAGGCUCCACACGCAGCAGCCACCAUGGAGGUGAUGAACCUGAUCGAACAGCCCAUCAAGGUGACCGAGUGGCAACAGACAUACACCUAUGACUCCGGCAUCCACUCGGGUGCCAACACCUGCGUGCCCUCGGUCAGUAGCAAGGGCAUCAUGGAGGAGGAUGAGGCCUGCGGGCGCCAGUACACGCUCAAGAAGACCACCACCUACACUCAGGUGCCCCAGAGCCAAGGUGACCUGGAGUACCAGAUGUCCACGACGGCCAGAGCCAAGCGGGUGCGAGAGGCCAUGUGUCCUGGCGUGACAGGUGAAGACAGCUCACUGCUGCUGGCCACCCAGGUGGAGGGGCAGACCACCAACCUGCAGCGGCUGGCCGAGCCGUCCCAGCUGCUCAAGUCAGCCAUCGUGCAUCUCAUCAACUACCAGGACGACGCUGAGCUGGCCACCCGGGCCCUGCCCGAACUCACCAAACUGCUCAACGAUGAGGACCCGGUGGUAGUGACCAAGGCAGCCAUGAUUGUGAACCAGCUGUCCAAGAAAGAGGCGUCGCGGCGGGCGCUGAUGGGCUCGCCCCAGCUGGUGGCAGCUGUGGUGCGUACCAUGCAGAACACCAGUGACCUGGACACGGCCCGCUGUACCACGAGCAUCCUGCAUAACCUCUCCCACCACCGCGAGGGGCUCCUUGCCAUCUUCAAGUCAGGUGGCAUCCCUGCCCUGGUCCGCAUGCUCAGCUCCCCCGUGGAGUCGGUCCUGUUCUACGCCAUCACCACGCUGCAUAACCUGCUACUCUACCAGGAGGGCGCCAAGAUGGCGGUGCGCCUGGCAGAUGGGCUGCAGAAGAUGGUGCCCCUGCUUAACAAGAACAACCCCAAGUUCCUGGCCAUCACCACCGACUGCCUGCAGCUCCUGGCCUACGGCAACCAGGAGAGCAAGCUCAUCAUCCUGGCCAAUGGAGGACCCCAGGCCCUAGUGCAGAUCAUGCGCAACUACAGUUAUGAGAAGCUGCUCUGGACCACGAGCCGUGUGCUCAAGGUGCUGUCUGUGUGUCCCAGCAAUAAGCCUGCCAUUGUGGAGGCUGGUGGGAUGCAGGCCCUGGGCAAACACCUGACAAGCAACAGCCCCCGCCUCGUACAGAAUUGCCUCUGGACCCUGCGCAAUCUCUCGGACGUGGCCACCAAACAGGAGGGCCUGGAGAGCGUGCUGAAGAUCCUGGUAAACCAGCUGAGCGUGGAUGACGUCAACGUCCUCACCUGUGCCACAGGCACUCUGUCCAACCUGACAUGCAACAACAGCAAGAACAAGACGCUGGUGACCCAGAACAGCGGCGUGGAGGCUCUCAUCCACGCCAUCCUGCGUGCUGGCGACAAGGACGACAUCACGGAGCCUGCUGUCUGUGCCCUGCGCCACCUCACCAGCCGCCACCCGGAGGCUGAGAUGGCCCAGAACUCCGUGCGCCUCAACUACGGCAUCCCGGCCAUUGUCAAGCUGCUCAACCAGCCCAACCAGUGGCCGCUGGUCAAGGCAACCAUCGGCCUGAUCAGGAACCUGGCGCUGUGUCCAGCCAACCACGCCCCUCUGCAGGAGGCGGCCGUCAUUCCCCGCCUGGUUCAGCUGCUGGUCAAGGCUCACCAGGACGCCCAGCGCCACGUGGCUGCGGGCACGCAGCAGCCGUACACGGAUGGCGUGAGGAUGGAGGAGAUUGUGGAGGGCUGCACCGGAGCCCUGCACAUCCUCGCCCGGGAUCCCAUGAACCGCAUGGAGAUCUUCCGACUCAACACCAUCCCCCUGUUUGUGCAGCUCCUGUACUCAUCGGUGGACAACAUCCAGCGUGUGGCUGCGGGGGUGCUGUGUGAGCUGGCCCAGGACAAGGAGGCGGCUGAUGCCAUUGAUGCCGAGGGGGCCUCGUCCCCACUCAUGGAGCUACUGCACUCUCGCAAUGAGGGCACAGCCACCUAUGCUGCUGCUGUCCUGUUCCGCAUCUCCGAGGACAAGAACCCAGAUUACCGUAAGCGUGUGUCUGUGGAGCUCACCAACUCCCUCUUCAAGCAUGACCCAGCUGCCUGGGAGGCCGCCCAGAGCAUGAUCCCCAUCAACGAACCCUACGCGGAUGAUAUGGAUGCCACCUACCGCCCCAUGUACUCAAGUGACGUGCCCCUGGACCCUCUGGACAUGCACAUGGACAUGGACGGGGACUAUCCCAUCGACACCUACAGCGACGGCCUCAGGCCCCCCUACCCCGCCGCGGACCACAUGCUGGCCUAGCCGGCUCCUUUCCAGUGCGCUUCCUCAUCUGAGAGGCUCUCCGUGCAGGCGAUGGGGCGAGACGGAAAAGUGCCUGAGCCCAGGGGAGCAGGGCUGCGACUUCUCGCCGAACCCCACGCCUCCAGAGGUCCUCUGCAGGGUCUUUCUUGGGAUGGUGAUCUGCUCCUGCUUUUCUGUCCUGGGCCGUGGGUCCAGGGCCCGACACCCCCUCCCCACCUCUGUGGCCCCGGCACUAAAGCUUUAGACACAAUCACCUGCUCUCUUCUCCGACCUGGCCAUCACCCCCAACCCCCCACUCCCGCCCCCAGCCCGGGCGGCUUGACUCCAGCAACCCGGGCCCCACAGAGCUUUGGUUCCUAACCUGGGCCUGAUUUUCUCACCAGACUCCAGUCGAGCGACUGUUCUGAGUCCCUGGGGUGUCCAGGACCCAGGUUCAAGGCCCCAAAUCACAGAAUCCAAAGCUUGUCUUGAAAAGUUCAGGGACCGACAAGGAGAUGGGAUGGAGACGCGGAGAGUGAGUCCCCCACUCCAGGACACUGCCUGCUCCUCUCUCCAGGACACCCGACCGGAUCUGGCCCCUUCCUGGGAGCUCGGGGGACAGCUCCCUGGCACCCCGGCCCACCCACUCCACCGCCCUAGCUGACUCCUGAGAAGUGCUCUUGACUGACCCCUCUGGUGUGCGGUGAGGGGCUUUCUCUUCCCCUUCCUGUUUCGAACCCACCAGCACCCCCUGCACGUGGGUGUGGAGGGCUGCGGGAGGUCUCAGCGGAGAGUUUUAUUAUUAUCGCUUUAUGUUUUUGGUUAUUGGUUUUUUUGUAUAGACCAAAGCAAAGGAAAUAAAACUAACACAGAGA